AUAAGAAUAAUGACUAUCUCUUCUAUAUAACAUAACGUUUAGUUCUCACACAGACAAGAGAGGGUGGCAGAGGCCGGCGUCGAGGUUCGAGUGUAUUCAAUGGAGGAUAUAAGCUCUCAUUAUUGUAUUAACAGUGGUAUUCUUCCUUCUCUUGGCGGCCAUAGUGAUAGCAAAAUUAGGCUCCGUAACUACAUCAUCUCCCCUAUUAAUCCCCGUUACAAGGUUUGGGACGCAUUUUUGGUGCUUCUUGUUUUCUACACAGCAUGGGCAUCACCUUUUCAGAUUGGAUUUCUAGAAAGACCUCAAGGACUUAUUGCCAUCUUAGAUAACAUAGUCAAUUUCUUUUUUGCCAUUGACAUUAUCCUCUCAUUGUUCUUUGUUGCAUAUCUUGAUAAAUCAACUUACACUAUGAUUGAUGACCCAAAGCGCAUUGCUUUGAGGUAUAUAAAAUAUGGAUUUAUCUUUGAUUUCAUAUCCACUAUCCCUUACGAAGCAUUGCCUCGUAUUCUUCAAUCAUAUGGAUUCUUGAGUAUGCUUCGUCUCUGGCGUCUCAGAAGAGUCAGUGCCAUGUUUGUCGAAUUGGAGAAAAACAAUAAGUUGAGUUACUUUGGGAUUCGAGUACUCAAGCUUGUAUGUGUCACUCUUUUUGCUGUUCAUUCUGCUGGCUGCUUCUACUACUUUCUUGCUGCUCGGAUUACAGACGUUAGUAAAACAUGGCUUUCACUGGGAAAUCUUCAUGAUAGGAGUAUCUGGGAUCUUUAUGUAAUGUCUAUGUAUUGGUCCAUUACAACUCUUACAACAACUGGCUAUGGGGAUUUGCAUGCUGUCACUACAGAGGAAAUGAUAUUCACCAUGGUUUACAUGUUAUUCGACCUCGGGCUGACUGCAUAUCUUAUUGGAAACAUGACCAACUUGGUUGUCCAUGGAACCAAUAAGACGCAGAAAUUUAGGGAUGCUAUUCAAGCUGCCUCAAGCUUUGCACAAAGGAAUAAUCUGCCUGUUCGACUUGAAGAACAGAUGCUAGAUCACUUGUCUAUGAUGCACAGAACAGAUACGGAAGGUCUGCAGCAGCAAGAAACUCUUGAAACACUACCCAGAGCUAUUCGAUCUGCCAUUUCACAUCAUCUAUUCUAUUCACUGGUGGAUAAGGCCUACUUAUUCCAGGGGGUAUCACAUGACUUACUUUUUCAACUGAUUUCUGAGAUGAAGGCAGAGUAUUUCCCUCCAAAAGAGGAUGUCAUUUUGCAAAAUGAAGCAUCUACAGAUCUCUACAUCCUUGUAACUGGAGCAGUGGAUCUUAUAUCACACAGGAAUGGUAUGGAUCAUGUAGUUGGCGAGUUGACGGCAGGGGAUGUUUGUGGAGAAGUUGGUAUCCUUUGCUGUAAGCCUCAACUUUUUACUGUUCGAACCAAAAGAAUAUCCCAACUGCUACGCUUGGAUCGCACUUCAUUUUUCAACAUCGUUAAAGCAAAUAUAGGAGACAGGACAAUAAUCAUGAACAAUCUCCUUCAGCAUUUGAAAGAGCAAACAGACCCAAUGAUGACUACAGUAUUAGAAGAUAUACAACAUAUCUUCACUCCUGAAGAAACAACAUUGGUAGCUAGCGAAAAUGGUUCGUCCAACGGCAGAUUGAGAAGAAGGGCUAAUUUCUUUCAGAAUUCACUGAUAGGUCCAGAAUAUUCUUCAACUAAAAUUGGAAAUUCAAAAAUUCCAGGCAGAAUAACCAUCGGUUGUCUAGAGAAAGCUGAUAUGCGUAGAAGAGUUGUGCCUCUGCCGGAUUCCAUACAAGAGCUACUUGAUAUCGGUGCUGAGAAAUUUGGCAUCUCUCUCACUGAAGUACUAACUGAAGAUGGAGCACUUAUUGAGGACAUUGCACUGAUAAGAGAUGGAGAUCAUCUAGUUCUUGCUACUUCAGAAAAUUAAACACAGCUCAAUCAU